GCACUUUGAAUUUCCAUUGUGUAUGAAAUGUGCUAUGUAAAUACACUUGCCUACUGUUUCUAUACUGCUAGACUUUGACAGGCUUUUAUUUUGAAAUCGAUGUAGAUCAGGCGUGUCUCUGCCUUCACGCAUCUGUCAGCUCCCACAGCUAUCUGCACUGUUAGCCAGGUAUAGUUUAAACAAUGUCUUCUGUUGAAGAAAUCUCCAACUCCGUGGCGGAGAAUUUGGAGGAGGACGGAGUAGAAGAGGAGAACACUGUAGAGGAGGCGGAGAUGGAAUAUGAGGAGCCUGUUAAAGGAGGUUAUAUCUUCUAUAGGGAAAGAAAAGAGUGGGCCGAUCUAGAACCCGUUCCUCAAGAUGAUGGACCAAACCCUGUCGUGAAAAUAGCUUAUUCAGAGAAAUUCACAGAUGUGUUUGACAUGUUCAGAGCGCUCCUGAAGAACGAUGAGAAGAGUGAGAGAGCGUUUGCAUUGACUGUUGAAGCCAUCGACCUCAAUGCUGCAAAUUACACAGUAUGGCACUACAGAAGAGUUUUACUGCAGGCUCUAGAUAAAGACCUGAGAGAAGAGAUGAAGUAUAUCACAGCCAUCAUAGAGGAUCAACCUAAGAACUACCAAGUCUGGCAUCACAGGCGGAUGGUGGUGGAGUGGCUGAACGACCCGUCUGAUGAGCUGCAGUUUGUAGCAGAAAUUCUUAGUCAAGAUGCCAAGAACUACCACGCAUGGCAGCACAGGCAGUGGGUCAUCCAGGAGUAUAAGCUGUGGGAUGGAGAGCUGGAGUAUGUGGAGGAACUGUUAGAGGAAGAUGUGAGGAAUAACUCUGCCUGGAAUCAGAGACACUUUGUCAUUAGUCACACCAGCGGAUACUCCGACCCAGCCAUCCUCGACAGAGAAGUGCAGUACACUCUUAAACAAAUAAAGAAAGCUCCUCACAAUGAGAGCGCUUGGAACUAUUUAAAAGGGAUCCUACAGGAUGGUGUGCUCUCCUCAUAUCCUGGACUGCUGGAACAGGUGACAGAGCUUCAGGACACAUAUAGUUCUCCAUAUCUCACCGCCUUCCUGGUCGACCUCUACGACGAUGCUCUGGAGACCAACAACUCCAGCUACGACCAGCAAGAAACACUCAACAAGGCUUUGGAGCUUUGUAAACUCCUGGCCGAGGAAAAGGACACCAUUAGAAGGGAAUACUGGAAUUACGUGUCCCGUUCUCUGCAGAACACGUAUGGCUCAGGUGACCCCGUUUCCUCCUCUGACCUGCCACCUCAUCCCUCGUCCCAGCAGCCCGACAUGGAGGCCAGUGACCCUUGAGGAGAAUCGCAGGCCUGGACACAUGCUUAGACAGAGAAAUCCUGAGACAUGAUAGACUCUUUAUCUUUGUAUGAGUGCUUGCGUGUGCAGGCUUUAACAGCAGCGCUUGUAAGUCAAAGAAUGAUGUAAAACUCCAAUUAGCCAUAUGCUUAAACGUGUUCAGAGUGAACUGUACAGUGAAUGAAAUGGACUUGUGGGAGUUUGGCAGUUAAUCAUACCAGUCAUACUUAUGUUUUAGACUACAGUCUAACUUUUCAGAGGUUAAAAGUGUCAUUUAUCAAAAUGAGUACAUUGCCGACAUGCUUCAGGUGUAAUCAGAAACUUUUCUUGCCAAAGCAUCUUCUGGUCUGUGUUACCAAACUCUGCUCAGAGUGUGACUGUACACGCUUUUUUGUAUGUUCAGAAAUAAUAAUGGAUGAUGCUAAAGCUGAUUGACUUUUAUUUUCUUUGUCUUACAUUUCCUGGUUGAAAUAGGUUCUGAAAGAGACUUGUUACUAGAAGUGUUGUCUAAAGUGUUUGAUUUAUAGGCAGGUUUCAGAGCCAUUUUUAGCAGAUACUUAACCAGUAUUAUACUUGCUCUUUUGGAAAAAUAUAUAUAUAUAUUUUUUUUUUUUUUACAUUUAUGAACAUGCUUGGCUAAACAAUUAUUUACUUUAUAUGUGCACUACCAUUAAAAAGUUUGUGGUAAGAUUUCCAAAAAAAUAUGCUUUUAUUCAGCAAGGAUGCAAUAAAUUGAUCAAAAGUAAAGACGAUAAUGCUAAUGUUACAAAAGAUUUCAGCUUUGCAUCACUGGAGUAAAAAAUAUAUUCACAAAGAAUAAAUAAAUUGUAACAAUAUUUCACACUAUUAGUUUUUACUGUAUUUUUAAUCAAAUGCAGCCUUGGUAAGCAUAAAGAGAAUUAUUUUAAAAUUUUUAAGAACUUAUGUCAAGUAAAUGCCUUAAACAGUGAUUUUAUCAAGGAAAAGCUGAAAGGUUUAAGCAAAAUCAGCUUUCACACAUGCAAACAUGCAAAGCAAAAUGUUAAUGGACAAAUUUGUUAUUUUUGCUCAA